AUGACCUCCAUCGCCUCCCCCACGUCCCCUCUUUCCCCAGAUCCUGCUCAGCUGGCCAAAUCCCGCGCGUCCAGGCGCUCCUCCCGCGCCGGCGAGGCCCAGCUGCAGGCUGAGCUCGCCUCGGCCGCUGCUCAAUCUCCUCCGUCGGGCCGCCGCAAAUCCCAGUCGCACAUCACUAGCCCCCCGCGCGCUCUCCCGUACCCCGCUACAAAGCCUGCCCGUCGACCAUCUCAACACAAUCACUCGCAGUCCGCGUCCGCCGGCCCGACAGACCGCCGGGGCUCACUUCCAUCACUUCACCUACGGUCAGCGUCGCAACGUACCGCCGAACCCGUACCACCAUUACCUGGCUUCAACUACGACAGCACCACCGUGGAGAAUCCCAAUAGCGACUAUUCUAGUCUACAGAGCUUCACCUUCGGCGUCGCUACCGGCACCACAGCUCGACCAACUUACGAGGCGGACACCCUCAGCCCGCUUGCUACCUCCCCAUCUCACGAAGACCGGACACCGCGCCCAUCAAUUUUCCGCGCGCGCGACGACGACCCGAACGAUCAAGACGAACAGGAACGCUGUCAGCGAGCAAAGAUGCGGGCGAUCGAUUACGGCGAACGGCGCCCCUCUCUACCCACCAAUCUCAACCUUGCUGCCGCUUCGGCCGCGCAUGGCGAACCCGAGGGAGAGCUUGCGUACGACGAGCCGUCUACACCGAUGCCCGGGCCCUCAAUGACUCCGCCGCCCGAUGCGAACCAGACACCAGAGCGCACUUCACUCUCGGAUGUCGAAGUCGACGCAGACGCUGGUAUCGACACGGAUAUCGAGUACAGCAGCGAGACCGAGCCUGAUAGUGCGAGCAUACACACCUUUGGAGGUAUGGCACGUCUGCCUCGCAGCGAGCACGUCACCCCUUGGGAGUUCCAAGCCCCUCCUCCCGACUCUGACGAGGAUAUCGCGCCCGACGUCCAGGGUCGCCGCCCAAGCGCACAGCCCAGUACGCGCACCGUCCAGCAACAAGGCUGGUGGAAUCUCAACGAGCAAGACCCAAAUCGUGACCGUGAGGAUAGCGUCGCCACCAUUCGUCGGCCGAGCGACGCUGCCCAACACCUAGAAAAUAUGCAUCUUCAGCCCCCGCCGGAAGCUGGUUCCUCUGCAUACGAGGGGAUGGAUCUGCAAUACAUCAUGGGCGAUUUUGGACAUGGAUCCCGACGCUCGUCGCUCUCAUUUGUCGCGCAGCCCCUCCCGCUGCCUCCGUCCAAAGGAGGGAAGAAGGGGAAACAGAAGGACAAGGGGAAGGGGAAGGAAAAGAGCCAAGAUAUCCAGGAGUACCUCGGAAACGACGCCUCGAUAGCACCCUGGGCCAACGACUCGCGCCGGCCGAGUCAGGCGACGAUCUCGGGGGACGACACGUUCCAGAAGGGUCUCCGCUUCGACCCGGAGUACGAAGACCAGCAAGUAACGUGGUCUUUCCACCGCCAGGGCGAGCCCGAACCCGGGAACGGAACGUCUCCGUCUGGGAGGCGCAUCAAGUGGACGAGCGUCUCGCGUUGUGCACAAAUCGGCAUCUUACGCUCAGAGCGGUCCGUCAUGGUCAGCUCGGAACAAUCGCGCCGUCCAGCCGAGCGCCUGAAUGUGUAUCACGUCGCAGAUCCCUCGAACGAAGGCAACAAGCUCGGCGGUCCCGGCAUGCUCGUGCAUAAACAUAGCCGCGCGAAGGCUUUCGCGAUGUAUCGCUUCUACGACUUGCACUCGCGUCGCCAUCAACCCAUCCGUUCAGCGCGCGCCAGUUCAGUGACGGCGGCGCCGAGUGUUGCGUCAGGUCAUUCGCGUGCUCAACGGCAGGGCAGUACACAUGGACAAGCGAGCCUUCCGCCGAGCAAGGGUAUCCUGCUCGCGCCGAAGAGCGUCAUGACGCAAUUCACGAACACGCACAGUACGCGGAACCUCGAGGACCAUGGUCUACUUGCGGAACCCCACCCUUCUACAUCCCGCCAGCGCGCACAAGACGACCGUCGUACGCGUAGCGCCAGUCGCGAUCGCCCACGAGAACGUGCACAGAGCAAUCGGCUGCCUGAGCGCCCGCCGCUUCCGUUCAAGGAGCCUCGGAAGCAUAUCAUCGACCCGAAGGCUUUACCGGAAAUCAUCGAGCGGUCGAAUGCGACCGCUACGGUCGACACGACAUCGUCUGGUGAUGCUACGGCCUCGAUCGCCUCGAGCAGCACUCCGCUCGUACGGCACCAGGCGCAAGAGUCGGACGAGAUUGUUCCGAUCACGGUCGUGCCGCCCAAUGCUCACAGCCGGGCGAGCAGCGAGAACGGCGAUGACGAAGAGGAAGAAGAGGAAGAUGAAGAGGGUGUCCUCCGCCACAAGCGGACGACGUACGCCGAAGCAUAUGGCACUCUUGAUCAGCCUACCCUGGAGCGCCUCAGGCAAGACGGCGGGCUCGACGACAAGGCGCGUCGCAAGAACUGGGUGAUUCGUGCUUUCCGUGGCCAACCGACCUCGCGCGGUCAGGCUGGUAGUAUGGGCAUCAAGCCCUCUCGGGUGCCAUGGGUCACUCUCGCACCGCGCGGUCAGCAAGAGGAACAGGCUUCCGCCAUCAAGACCCUCAACUCGUCCUUCGUCGAUGUUGGCCUGCUGCCUAGCUAUAGGAAGAAGGCUAGUCAAGGUCAGGGCGUCGGUCGUCAGGGUCACGGUAAGCACGCGGAAGUGCUUACGACUGUGCCGGACGACGCCCUGUGUAUGCUGCUUCCACUCUGGCCAACGGAGACGGACCCAGACAGCGCGCGGAUGUACCCCAAUGAGCGCGCACAAGACCCGCCGCUCGAGGAACGACUUUACCUGCUCGUCUACUUGGUACGCUUCGUUGAUGGCGAGAAGGAAGGCCAGGCCAGCGAGGCGGGCGGGAGCAGCACGAAGAAGCGGCCGCGUGUUGAAGGAGAACGCGAUCGUGAGCGCGACCGCGAACGACAGAGGGAGCUACUCCUAGGCCGGGAUACGAGCGCCACGGUCGUGUUCAAUUGCUUUAGGGCUAUUGGGCGUCUGAUGACCUACGACGACCUCAAAGGGAGUAACGUGCGGCUGCCGGUGCACGGGCUGAGCGUCACUGGCUCCCUCGCUGAGGCUCGGCGGGGUAUCCCGGCUGCAUCCCUGCGCGACGUGCACAAGGACGACUACGUGAUCGCGAUCUGCGCUGACAGGCGCAAAGCGACGGUCGAGCUGUUCCCGGACGGGCUGGACAGACUUGGGCUUUGCGUGCGCGACCCAAACCAUGUGCGCCGGACGGCGCCAGCCGAGAUGCAGCACGAGCGGAAUCCCGAGCAGGAGCCGGCGUUCCCGCUCACGGCCAUUGGGCGUGCGGCUGUCGAGAUGACCUGGCUCGCGUGUAUGAGCCUGAUGAGCUUUGGGGACGUCUAG